UUCAACGAAACCAUCUCGUCUUCACAACAUAAAAUGCGCCUUAACGCAGCGAUGUCUCUGGGUAUGCUGUCCGUGUACUUGCUGAUAUGCAUGUCCAAUCUGAUGGCGGCGUAUCCAUCCAAACCCAUCAUUCCCGCAGAAGAUGCGCCUGUCGAGGACUUCGCCAAGUACUUCUCUGCACUCAGACACUACAUCAACCAAAUCACUCGACAGCGGUAUGGGAAAAGAUCCAGCCCUGAUAUGGUGUUCUCUGACCUGCUACAGAGGGAGAGCACAGAGAGCAUCCCACUAGCAAGCUAUGGAAGAUAUGAGGAUCUACCGUUGUGGUGGUGAAGCCAGUGUAUUACGGACUUCCAUACCAGUCCCUUUCAACAAACCCACUGCCUGUUUGUCACAGCACCACAACAACACCACACUGCCUGUUGGUCACCGACUCGACCUGGACUUGAAUGGAUAUCUGCAGCCUGCAUGCAACCACCUCUCUGUCUGUCUGUCAUAGUAGAAGUGUCCUGUACACAUGUUACUUUCUCCUUUUGUGCAUCACACUGUGUACUGUAAACCAAAAUAAACAUUUACUGGUUGGAUCAAAUACAUCAUAUAAAGUACCUUGGAUCAAUGUUUUAGAAUG